GCACAAGUACCCAGGGGUGGUCCUUCGCGGUCUCGCGGCGGCGCGAUUCGAUAUAAAGAGUGGACCACUUCUCCACAAGAGCCAGUGAACUCUCAAGACUGAGUCAGUCCCGACUUUACUUCACUUCGACCAAGAAACAGAAAGAUGAACUUCGGCAUUCCGAUCACCAAUGACUUCCUUCGCACCCUCCCAGAAUACAAGGGCAAAUCCGACAGUCAGCUGACUGCGCAGGACCGUAGCAAAGUCGCCAUGCAGCAAAGGGACGUGUACGUCAGUGAGGCCGUCAAGCGUCUCGACUUGCUCAAGAGUGAUUACGGAAAUGGCGUUAGUACGCUAUGCCGCUUCUAUAAUGCCAGCGGCGACCCGAUCAAGGUCAAUUUCGACCACAGCUGGCGCGGCUCCUUUUACAAAGACUCGCCUCCAUCUGUCGUAGAGAACGGCCAAUGGACGACAUUCAUCCACGUCCAUCCCACGGCCCAGGCUGUUGGCAGUGCAGGCGCGGUGAUCUACCGCACGACCGAGAACACUGAUAUCUUCAUUGGGUGGCAAAACCCUUGGAAUACAGCUUAUGACCCUACGUGCUGGGCGGAGUCAAAGGAGAAGGAUCAUUGGUGGGCGGUGGGUUCGGAGAGUUACAUGCUGCAUUUGCUGGACGACAAAGCGAAUAAUCGGCAUGAGGACUCUGAGUACGGUUACAAGGUUAGCGUCCAGAUCGGAAGUUCUACGACCUCCGAAUGCAUUGCGAUGAUCGAGAAGAUUUAGUUGGAUGUGGUAGAAGGUUUCUGAGGAGUGGUGGAAAGCGUAUUAAAUUAGUAGAGGAGUAAAAUCGGCUGCCAGCAUCAACGUGGCGUGUUGAAUUAUUUACUCACCAAAGAAUUGCUUGUCCUCAACCUGUGCUGCAAAUUUGCAAAUAGAGUCCACGUGGUUCAAU